UUUAACACUUAUAGCAUUAACUUGUGACACCAAAAAGUCCAGCAUGCAUAUCAACUUUUGAUAAUAUUGUUCAAUGCUCAUGCCUAAUUGCUUACGUAUAGCCAUAAUAAUAUAAAUGAACAAGAAACCGCACCAAAACACAUUGCAAAAACAAAGUGAUCAAUUAACUCACAAGGAAAAAAUGGUGAGUGUUCAAUCUCAUUCCAUUGUUAUCCCCUCCAAACCAACACCAAAUCCAAAACUCUUCUCCUUAUGUGAACAAAUCAAGCUUCACACUCACGCUCCUGUCCUUUAUGUCUACAACAACAAAACAACAUCAUCAUCAUCAACAUCAACAUCAACCUUCUUUGAAACACUUAAAAAUUCUCUUAGCCAAGCUUUGGUUAUUUUCUAUCCACUAGCUGGAAGGUUGAGUUGGACCAAAGAAGGAGGAAGAUGGGAAAUUCAUUGCAACGCCAAAGGAGCGCUUCUAAUAGAAGCCAAAUGUGAAGAAUUAACAAAUUUGAAUGAAUUGGGUGAUUUUGUGCCAACUAAUUUGGUGUCACAACUUAUACCAAACAUUGAUUACAAUCUUCCCAUUCAAGAUAUUCCUUUAUUGGCGGUGCAACUAACGAGGUUCCAAUGUGGUGGUUUUACGUUAGGUGUCGCCUUAUGUCGUGCCACAAUUGAUGGAACGGCCACCAUGUGUUUCGUGAACACGUGGGCUAAGUUAGCGCGUGGAGAGAAAUUGAAUGAAAAUGAAUUGCCAUAUCACGAUCGAGUCUUGUUAAAUUCACGUAAACUCAAACAUUCAGCGUCCUUGAAUUGUCAUCCUGAGUUUCACGCACCACCUGGUUGGUUGGGGCGUGAUUUGGACGACACUAGAGAAGUUGUUGUUGCUACUGUGAAACUCGCGCAAGAACAAGUUUAUAAGCUCAAGAGAAAAGUUGGUUCUUGCGCGAGGUUCCAACCUACCUCAAAAGAUAUCUCUAAGAAAAAACCCUAUUCAACUUUUGAGGUUAUUGUAGGAUAUCUUUGGAGGUGCGUCACUAAAGCGCGCUACACACAAGGAAAUAGUGAUCAACCAACGAGAUUGUCCACGUUGGUUAACUGUAGAAACCGUUUAAAACCGCCUCUCCCUAGCGGUUAUGCCGGCAAUGCAGCAUUUCCAACGGUGACACCAACUCGCUCCUUUAAUGAUAUUAUUCGUAAGCCUUUGGGUAAUGUUGUAGAGGAUGUUAGGGAAGCACUUGAAAGAGUGACAGGAGAUUAUGUAAUGUCGGCACUUGAUUACAUAGAUAGGGAGAAAGAAAUGGAUUUGUUGAGAUAUAAUUUUCACUACCCUGCAAAAAGUGUGUGUGAGGGACCAUACAAGAGGAACCCAAAUCUUUUUGUUGUUAGUUGGAUGAAUUUUCCUUAUAAAGAUGCAAAUUUUGGGUGGGGGGAACCUACAUAUUAUGGGCCAGGGUACAUGGAUUCUGAAGGGAAGGCUUUUGUUAUGAAUGAUAGUGAUGGAGAUGGUCUUGUUGUGGCGAUUUGUUUGGAGGCAUGUUUUAUGGAUAGUUUUAAGAAAUUGUUUUAUGAUGAUAUUGAUGAUGUGUUUUCUACUUCUAAAUUGUGAAGCAAUGUUAAGUGGUUAAAGGGAUUUGGUUCAAGUAAAUGAGGUUGGUUCAAUAUAUUGAAGUGAUUCAUUUGGGAAAUAAAAUCGUGCAAUUGUUUUGAUUAUUUUUGUUUAUAAUCAAUUUUGAUAGUUUUGAUUUGACAAUUAAGAUAUGAAGUUAUUCAGUGUUUGUUUUUUCAACUU